GGAGGUUUGCUAAAACUAACCUGUCUGGGUAGUACGUGGUUUGUAGCUCUUUUCUGUCCCACCCCCCAAAUGUUCCCCUCUUUUUCUUUAAUUUGGGGCAAUCUCAUUCCUGGAUUUGCUUUGUGGGAACUCUUCUCCUGCCCUCCUCUUUCCCUGCAAAAGCCAUCCUCAGAUAGGGGUGGAGUUCAGAAAUAAAGGAGGCUCCACCUGUUUGGUUAGGACUGCGUGGCCCUCCCUCCUUAAGACUCCCCAAAGGACAGCAUUCCUUCUCCAUUCACCUAUUUCUCUUGAGAAGGACUUUUGUCCUACUUGGGGGUGUUUCAGGGGUGUGUGUCUCUCCGGGCAGGUUGUUCCGGUGUUCUCCUUUUUUUCUUUGCAACAUCAAAUCCUUCCCUUGGAGAACACAGAUUGGGACACCUUCUUCCCUAAUUGCAGGGGGGGAAGCAGUUUCUGAUGCUCCAUGCAAUUCCUGAUGCCUUGGGCCGUGAGAUCAUCCAGUGAGACCAGGGAGGCUCUGUUGCUGUGGUUGUGUUUGACAGAUGUGCGGCAAAAUUCCUCAGGGGUUCCGUGAAGAUGGUCGUUCCUGGGAGCACCACUGUGAUUCAGCCAGACCACAGUCUUGGAACUGAAUUGGGCCGAAGCUCAGCAGAGAAUUCAGUGAUGGGUCCUGAUGCAGAAUCCAUGGCUGAUCAGGUGGGCCCUGAGCUGGAAGAAGUGAGGAAAUUGCAAGCGCUUGUGAGGAGGCUUGAGCUCCAGAAUCAGCAGCUGAGAACUAGAAGCCUGCGAAGUGUGCCAGAGGCAAAAUUGCUGAGCCAAGCUGAUGCUGGAGUGGAUAAUUGCAAUUCCAGGCUCAAUGGCAUGGAAAUGAAUAAUAGCAUCAAUGCACUAAUGGAUAAGCAGGAGUUGCAAAUAGUGGCAGACCUGCACUCGGCCCUGAGUAAAAUAAGGUCAGAAGCAGAGGAAAACGUUGAGUUCUUUAAAAAGGAUGUGGAGACCCCAGUACAGCACAGUUGUGAAAAAAGAUCUGACAAAGAGCCUUCCGGUGCAAAGUUUGUGAGCGGUACCCAGAUGCAGAACAGCGAGGCCAACACAAACGAUGUCUCUCAUUGGGAUUGCAACCACACAGUGUUGCUAGAAGAUUUCAUCAAAGGUGUUGAGCCAGCGUUGCAAAUGAAGGAAGCAAACACAAAUGCGGAAGACCUCUUGAACGAAACAACUCUGGAUGAAGUAGAAUUGCUAGAGUUAGAGAACGGCAGCGACGAAGAGGACAGCUGGCUGUAUAUUUCUCCAAGAAACCCACCAACAGAUAAGAAGGAAUCGCCCCUGAAAUGGUGUAGACAGGUAUUGGAUCAUCCUAGUCCUGAGACCGAGGCAGCUUGCCGUACCCUCAUCAGCAGACUUGACCAAGCCAGUAGGUGGAAAUCCCUGUAUUGCAGUCCAUUGGCGUCUCCAAGUGUGCAUAACUUGAAUACAGACUCAGGGUCCUGUAGCAAUGCACUAAACUCUCCUGGGCACUACAAAUCAACUAACAAACCACUACUAACUUGCGGUAGCUCAGGUUACUUGAACAUGCAUUCAGCUUUGAGCUCUCAGUCUUCUGUCGAUAGCGAACUUAGUACCUCAGACGACUCGAUUUCAAUGGGCUACAAACUGCAAGACUUGACUGACGUGCAAGUUAUGGCCCGCCUACAGGAAGAAAGUCUUCGUCAGGAUUGUGCCUCCAGCUCAGCCUCCGUCUCCCGCCGCAGUUCCAGCGCCUCCUUACAUUCCUUGCGCAGAGGCACCUACAGCGACCAGGAUUUUGACACGUACAGCCUGGAAGAUGAGGAUGACGACUGCUCUUUCCCCUAUCACAGCAGUCACAGAUACUCCCCAUCCCCACUCAGCUCACCGCGGUGCCAGUCUCCCUCCACAAACACAGAUUACGGGAGGGCCACAAAUACCCGAAUUCGGCCCCCCCGGAGGACAGUGCAGAGCCCGAUGCAAGAUAAACUGAAGUAUUCUUCGAACGAAGAGGAACUGCGUCACAGUAUGCCUAAUCUGGCUAGGACCGGCCUGCGAUCUUUGGAGUCAGUGAGAAAUAGCCGUAGCCUGGACUCAGAUCUACAGAUUCCCAGUAGUCGGCUCUCUAGAAUCCAUCAGGAAUCCGCCAGUCUGACUCCGAAUAAGCUCCGCUAUUCCUCCAGUGUUGGGCAGUCCCCCCUGACAGCUCGACAGCCCGUGAAAGCGGGCCCCUGUGCAAAUGCUCUCCUAACCCCACGGCAGCCUGUUAGAGCUGCUGGAUAUGCUAGUCCAGCUGGCCGAGUCAGAAAACUACAGUCUUCCACGCUGACUCCAGGUGUUUCCAGUAGUGGCAGUUCAGUGUAUCGAAGCAAUAGUAUGGCCGGCGGAGCAAAAAGCUCUCUUCCCAAAAGCAAAGCAUCAGUUGCAGGAGCACCCACUCUGAAGAGCAGGUUGACCCAGCCAGCCAAGCGAUAUCCAAAGGCCAACAUAUCUGCGGAUGAUUCUUGGAAAGAUGGAUGUUAUUGAACAAACCAAAAAAAAAAAAAAGGCAGAUAACGAACAAUGACUUGUUUGUUGGGUUAUAGAACUGGAAAACAGCCCAGCUGGCUGGGCAGGACAGGCUUAGGCCUCCAUUUUGCCACCAUGCUUGACAAACUGGAAUGGUGUCUUUCGGAACUUGGACAUUUGCCUUUGCUUUGUCUGGACGAUGGACAUGGAUGGCUUUUUUUGUUGUUGUUGUUCCUGCUGUUCUACUCUGACUGCUGAGCCUUGAUGACAGCAGUCCUUGUACCUGAAGGUACAGGUGUGACCUGAGGCGCACACCUGGAGACCCGUUCAUGGUACAUGCAUGGAAGAAGAAGAGCGUGGGACAGACUCCUGUGGCAACGAGACAUUUUUGAGUCUGCGGGUUUUUUUCAUUCUUUGCAAAAGGCAGCUAGAUAAGGUAAACAUAAUUAAUUAGCAAUGACUGUUUUUUAUGUCACUUGGUGUAACUUAACUUUUCUAGGAAAUUCAGAGAACGUUUUUUUUUUUUUUACUUGUCCCGAACAGGUAAUCUUCACUACUUUUAUUAUUAUAAAAGUUAAAGGGUUUUUUAAAAAAAUAAUAAUAGCUAGUGCAUCAUCUGUCACAGGAGAAUGUCUUGAAGCUUGAUUCCCCCAUUUUCUCCAAGACUGUUUUAUGUGCUGUUGCCUGCAGGCUGAUGUGCACCCCUGCAGUGAGGUCUUACUUACCCAUUUGCUCUCUUAUCUUUUUGUUAGGCAAGUUUUAGUGUGGAUAGUAGCAUCACCUUUGCCGGCUAAAAAUGCACUUGAAGUAUUUCGUUCCCUCAUGGUUGUUACUGCACCCCUGAUACUAAAACUGACCUUUCUGCUUUUGUACAACUCUUUUCUACUGUCCAUUUUUUGGGGGGUGGGUGGGUUGUUUUUCGAUGAAGGAACUUGUUUAAAUUAAAUCUGUGGCUCAUGGAGUUUGCCAAAUGCAAGAAUACAAUCAUACCUGGGAAUGCAAACUGGCCUGUUCGCCAGCCCUACUUCUUGCCACCAAUGUGACUUGAUAUUGUAGUUAAUAAAUGUGAAGGGGGCUAGUGCUACCUUGUCUUCAGUAGCAAAA